AUGUACCGUUCUUUGACAAUUAUCAGCGGGCUCUUUUUUCUACAAAUUGCUCCCGUUAUUUCCGGCUUUGAAACAACUUCUCAUUCAGUUAAAGUUCUUCGUUCGCCUAAAGAACCAGAAUGUCGUGGUAAAAAAGUUGGCAGUUUCGUUAGGGAUCCUUAUUCUUGUGAUAAGUUUUAUUAUUGUGGACCAGAUGAGACGGCAAUAGUUGUAGACUGCCCCCAUGAGAUGAUCUUUAAUGACGAAAAAGAAAUAUGUGACUUUCCAAGUAACUAUCAUUGUGUUCCUCGAAUAAAAGAAGAUGAAGAUGGCGGGAUUUCUACAACAACAACAGAAAAACCUCAAAUAACAACUUCUAUUCUACAAGAAACUUCUUUAGUAACAUCUUCUAAACCAAAAACUACCUUAUCGACAGUAUCGACGGAAAUGGUCACACCAACAACGAUGACAACGCCCUCUACAAUAUCAACGACAACUUUAGUAACAAUAGAAAACAAAUGUCCUUUAAAAGACACUAAAAAGUUAAUAUUUCUUCCACAUCCUGGAGAAUGUCAACGAUAUUACAUUUGCUAUCAUGGACUGCCAGUUCCUCAGGAAUGUAUUUCGGAAUUGCAUUGGAAUGCCAAGACUAAUCAAUGUGAUUUUCCUGAAAAGGCUGGAUGUUUAGAAUCCACCACAACAGUAGUAGUUCCAUCAACUGCAACUGUUCCGGUAGAAGUAUUAAUAAAUUGUCCAUUUAGAGGUGAACAAAUAUAUCCACAUCCGGUACAUUGUAAUUAUUUUAUUUAUUGCAUUUAUGGUUAUGCAACAAUUCAGCAGUGUCCAUUUUAUCAUCAUUUUGAUAUUUAUACGAAGAAAUGUUUAUGGCAAACUGUGGCAACGUGCAUUGUUCGAAAAUAA